CUUCCAGUGUUCAGUUAUGGGUGUGAGAGGCUUGCAGGGAUUUGUAGGAAGUACCUGCCCUCAUGUAUGUACAGUGGUGAAUUUCAGAGAGCUGUCAGAACACCACCGAAGCACAUAUCCAGGAUGUACUCCUACCAUUGUGGUGGAUGCCAUGUGCUGUCUCCGAUAUUGGUAUACUCCAGAAUCUUGGAUCUGUGGUGGCCAGUGGAGAGAAUACUUUUCUGCUUUGCGUGAUUUUGUUCAAACCUUUACAGAUGUUGGUAUCAAGUUGGUAUUCUUCUUUGAUGGCAUGGUAGAGAAGGGUAAGAGAGAUGAGUGGGUGAAGCGGAGACUUAAGAACAACAGAGAAAUAUCCAGAAUUUUCCAGCAUAUCAAGUCACACAGGGAGCAGCCAGGCAGAAACAUGUUCUUUAUUCCUUCUGGGCUUGCUAUAUUUACACGAUUUGCUCUGAAGACCCUGGGUCAGGAAACUUUGUGUUCUUUACAGGAAGCAGAUUAUGAGGUGGCUUCCUAUGGUCGCCAGCACAACUGUCUUGGAAUUCUUGGGGAAGACACUGAUUACUUGAUUUAUGACACUUGUCCCUACUUUUCAAUUAGUGAACUCUGUUUAGAGAGUCUUAACACUGUCAUGCUCUGUCGAGAGAAGCUCUGUGAAAGUUUGGGCCUCCAGGUGUCAGACCUUCCUCUGUUGGCAUGCUUACUUGGCAAUGAUGUUGUUCCAGAGGGCAUGUUUGAAAGCUUUCGGUACAAGUGCUUGUCUUUCUACACUUCUGUGAAAGGAAACUUUGACAAAAAAGGCAGUGUUAUCUUAGCUGUGUCAGACCACAUAUCUAAAGUUCUUCACUUGUAUCAAGGUGAGAAAAAAUUAGAAGAAAUGUUACCUUUGGGACCAAACAAAGCUCUCUUUUACAAAGGAGUGGCAUCCUAUCUUUUGCCAGGACAGAAAUCUCCAUGGCUUUUCCAAAAACCCAAAGGUGUAAUAAUGGAAAAGCAAGCAAUAGCCAUAAAUUCAGAGGUUUCCCUAUAUACAGAUUCUGAUUCCAAGCCAGAAGCUCCCAUGUGUACAGAUUCUGAUUCCAAGCAAGAAGACCACAUGCAUACAGAUCCUGAUUCCAAGCAAGAAGUUCUCAUGCGUACAGAUCCUGAUUCCAAGCAAGAAGUUCCCUCUGAAAUCAAGCACAAAUUAUCUGUGGGAGCAGAUCCUGAAUUGAAUCCAGAAGCACCUAUAUAUAUAUAUCCUGAAAGUAAAGAAGAAGAUCUUAUGAAUGCAGAGGCUGAAAUAAAGCAAGAGCUAACCAUGGUUUCAAACCCUGAAAUCUUAAAGGUUGCUAGGAUGCAUCACGUACAUGCAGAAAGUUACCUGGUGUACAACAUCAUGAGUAGUGGAGAGAUUGAGUGCAGCAACACACUGGAGGAUGAGCUGGACCAAGCUCUGCCCAGCCAGGCCUUCAUCUACCGUCCUGUCCGGCAGCGGGUGUACUCACUUUUACUGGGAGACUCUAAAGAUGGAGCUAGCACUGACCCAGUGGUCAAAGAGUGGUUCGUCUACCCUGGGAAUCCACUGAAACACCCAGACCUUGUCAGGCCGCUGCCAAUGACUGCUCCAGGGGGAACACCUAGUUUGGAAGUUUUGUGGCUGAAUCUAGAACCAGCAGCACAGAACCAGCGCCUGGACACACUGCUAGCUUGCUUCAACCUCUCUUCCUCAAGAGAAGAGCUGCAGACAGUUGAAAGCCCGUUGAGAGCUCUGUGCUGCCUCCUGAUCUACCUCUUUGUCCAGCUAGAUUAUAUUAGUCCCAGAGCUGUACAGCUUGGGUCCCUCUUCAUCCGUGGCCUCACCACCCUGGUGCUGGUCAACAGUGCGUGCGGCUUUCCCUGGACCAUGAGUGAGUUCAUGCCUUGGAACGUGUUUGAUGGCAAGCUUUUUCAUCUGAAGUACUUACAAUCUGAAAAGGGAUAUGCUGUGGAGGUUCUUUUGGAACAAAAUAGAUCUUGGCUCACCAGAUUCCAAAACCUGAAGGCAGUGGUCUGCAAAGCUUGUGGAAGGGAGAACCGACGCAUUGUGGGCAAGUCACACUGGACCUCUCACCACACAGGGAGAUGGGGGAGACAGGGCUCCAGUUCCCACAGGACAAGCCCCACGUACAGCCAUUCCAGACAAGGACAGCCAUGGAGAGACCAAGGAAGCAGACAGUAUGAGUAUGACCACUGGAGAAGGUACUAGGCCUCAUCCAGGGCUUUGGAUCUCCAUCUUCCUACCUAUGCCUCCUACACAAGUGACUGGAAUCACGAGUGGCUGCCACCUUGCCUGGUCUACUGGUUGAAGUGAAAUCUCACUAACUG